GCGACACAGUGUUUGAACUUUCUGCGACAAUACACCCAGCCAUCAUUGUUCGAAUCCAGUCUUUACAAUCUCCUUUGGGACUUCCGGCGUUGAUAGGAAUACGAUUGCCGCGCGUGGCACUUUUGAAUUCCCUUGACAGGUCUCCGUAGUCGAGCCAACGGAGGAGGUUUGGUUGCGAUCAAUCAACAUCUUUCGCAACAAUGCCCGACACUGAGAAAUCCCCGGCGGAUCUGAAGCACGAGACUUCGGAAACUCCUGCUAUGGCGACAGAGGGCACGACAGCGACACAAGAGCCAGAGGCGGCCACGCAAGAUACGACCGCUGCGACGGAAACCGGAGACGCCACGGUCGGUAAUCCUACGGAUGCGCCAAAACCAUCGGCCGCUCAAGAUGAGACGACUGGAGAGGUUGAAGAUGCUGAAAUGGGUGGUGUAGACGACGAUGCAAAAGGUGAAGACAACGCGGACACGGAGAUGAAGAGAUCGGCGAUCUAGGGAAGACUUGCUGACGAUGGUGCAGAUGGACAAUCUGAGCAGACCAAAUCAGCAAUCGAAGCCGCGGCGAGCUCUCAUCUGGUUGCGCAGACGCAUCAGAUCAUUCUCCCAAGCUACAGCACAUGGUUCGACAUGACGACGAUACACCAGCUCGAGAAGAAAUCCCUACCAGAGUUCUUCAACAGCCGGAAUCGCAGCAAAACCCCCGCCGUGUACAAGGACUAUCGUGAUUUCAUGAUCAAUUCGUACAGAUUGAACCCCAUCGAAUACUUGACUGUAACCGCGUGUCGGAGGAACUUGGCCGGCGAUGUUUGUGCGAUCAUGCGCGUGCACGCCUUUUUGGAACAAUGGGGUCUCAUCAAUUACCAGGUCGAUCCCCAAACUCGACCCGCCAAUAUCGGGCCUCCUUUCACUGGACACUUCAAGGUCACAGCAGACACUCCCCGCGGACUCCAACCUUUCCAGCCUGGUUCAAAGACGGCGACGACCCCUGGGAAGCCUCAUCCUUCGACCGACCGUGCUAAAUCUGCGACUCCCGCGUCCAAGGCCGAUCUGAAUAUGGAAGUCCGGAGAAAUGUCUACGACAGCAAAGGCAAAGAGGUCAAAGCAAGCGAAGAACCAGAAAACCAGGCAAAUGGAGAGGAAAAGUCGGCCAAUGGCGAAACGACGGCGAUGGUUUCGGCUGCAAAAUCAAACAGAAAAACGUUCAACUGCUACGCCUGUGGCGUUGAUUGUACACGCUCUCGCUUCCAUUACGCCAAGUCAGACACGGUAUCAAAUGCCACCGGAGACAACAAGUACGAUCUAUGUCCAAACUGUUAUUUCCAAUGCCGCAUGCCCAGCAACCACAGAUCGUCGGAUUUCGUGAAGAUGGACGAACCCGAAUACUCACACAUCCCAGACAAGGAUGCCCCUUGGACAGAUGCAGAAACUCUGUUGCUGUUGGAGGCAAUGGAAACGUUCGACGACAACUGGGUGGCAAUCUCAAAACACGUGGGGACGAGGACGAGGGAAGAGUGCGUGCUCAAAUUCUUGCAGCUAGACAUUCAAGAUCCAUACCUCGAGGACGGUCCUCUGAAAGGCAACGGCUUCAUGAAGGCACUGUCUGGAAGAAGUCCACUUAGCCAGACGGACAACCCAGUCAUGUCGGUCAUGGCUUUCCUGACUCAGAUGGCAGAUCCAAAGGUUGUCGCUGCAGCUGCAGGUCGAUCGAUCGAGGUCAUGCAGAAAGAGAUGCGAGCACAGCUUGAGAAGGGAAUGGGUGGUGCCGCCGAACCAGAUUCCGACAAGGGCAAAGAAAAAGUCAAGGCUGAGGAUACGAUGGAGGUGGAUGAGUCGUCAGCUGCUGUGGAAAAGACCACCUCGGACGAUUCUGGUGCUGCGGCCGCAGCUGUCGUGACCGACCUCGCGACUGUAGGCACGGCCACGGCGGCGGCGCGAGCGAGCGGACUUGCGUCUUACGAGGAGCGCGAACUGACUCGCAUGAUCGGUGCCGGUGUCAACCUCACAUUACAAAAACUCGAGAUGAAGUUGUCCCAGUUUUCGGAAAUGGAAGAAACAGUGCAGACGGAGCGCAAAGAUCUGGAAAAGAGUCGACAACAAUUAUUCUUGGAUCGGCUCGCUUUCAAGAGGAGAAUCGUCGACAUGGAGAAUGCAUUCCGACAAGCCAGCCUGAAGAAUCCAGAGGAAGGAAUGAGGAUGAUGAGGGAUGCAGUCAACAGCAAUGCGAACCAGCGAUUUGGAUUCCAGGAUGGAUCGACGAGUGAGACCAACGGACAACAGCCAUCGCCAACUGCCAAGACUGAUGAUAAGAAGACUAUCGAGCUCUAGUGAAGCCCUGGCAGUCGAUUCUUUUCGGCUCGAGUUGAAAGUUUUGUCAGUAUGCUAUGUACUCUACGCCUGGAGCUCUCCCCCUCCCGGAUCGGCGUUAUAUCUCUUUUUUGAGGUGUGGGAAAAAUGAUAUCGCACAGAAAGGUCCUCGAUCGAAACGACGUGGACGUGUGUUGUGCGUGUGUAACGUAUUCGGGAAGCAGGAUGGUACGGGGGUGGUGGGCUUUUUCUUUUAUUUUAUGUUUGAGAAAUGUCGACCUUUGUCGUUUGUGUGUCUUUUUAUGAAGAAAGGGAAAGGCAUUCCGUGUCAUUUAUGCUAUACUCUUGCCCAGGUCAUGCUGUGCUGUGCUAUGCCACCCUUGAAGGAGUGUGUGUUUGUUCAAGGCACCGCUGGACGUUUGUGUGUCGCAAUCGUGCCGUGCCUUUUGUGUUAAACACCAUAAAAAAGAUCAUCUUCAGUCUUUUGCCUUGGUUCAUUGAGCCCUUGGAGGUUAUGUAGGGAUUCCGAUUCCCACUUAGCUGUCUACGUCCCUACACCACCCUCAGCAGUUGAAUAUUGAUAUGUAUAUAUACCUCAG